ACGUAAACGGACGCGAACUGAAGCGCUGGGGUUGUUUCUCUCUCUCUCUCUCUCUCUCUCUCUCUCUCUCUCUCUCAAGAGAACCACUACCAGCAGCCAACAGCCAGCAGCAGCAGAGUCAACACUGCGCCGCAGUUGUCACUUUAACGGCUUUAACGUCCACCGGAGCCGCUCGACAAUACGUCCCCAUAUCUUAAUGUUACCGUACGCCAUUUUGGCACGUUAGCGACGUUUAACUGUGCGUCCCGGGCCGCAUGGAGUCGGCGUUCAAAAGGUCGGCGAGGCGUUUUGCGGACGAGAGCUCAUCCAGCUAAUGUUAGCGCGCCGCGGAUUGCACAGCGUGGACUCGAGAGGCGGAGAAGCUCGGUGCUGUCGACGGACGGAGAGGACGUUAACCGGGAGGGGAAAAAUGGGCCUCAUAUUCGCCAAACUGUGGAGCUUCUUCUGUAACCAAGAGCACAAGGUGAUCAUCGUUGGACUAGAUAAUGCAGGGAAAACCACCAUCCUCUACCAAUUUCUGAUGAAUGAGGUCGUCCACACGUCGCCCACCAUCGGCAGCAAUGUGGAAGAAAUAGUGGUGAAGAACACUCACUUCCUGAUGUGGGAUAUAGGAGGGCAGGAGUCUCUCAGGUCCUCCUGGAACACCUACUACUCCAACACAGAGUUCAUCAUUCUGGUGGUGGACAGCACAGACAGAGAGAGGCUGGUCAUCUCUAAAGAGGAGCUCUACAGGAUGCUGGCUCAUGAGGACCUGCGGAAAGCAGCUGUGUUGAUAUUUGCCAAUAAGCAGGAUAUGAAGGACUGUAUGUCCGCGGCGGAGAUCUCCAAAUACCUCACCCUGAGCUCCAUCAAAGACCACCCCUGGCACAUACAGUCCUGCUGUGCACUUUCAGGAGAGGGUUUAUGCCAAGGCCUUGAGUGGAUGACAUCGAGGGCCGGACUCAGAUAGCCCCUCCCUCAGCCGUCGAUGGCCUGACUACCUGCACCACCCACACGGUGGCAACAACAAGCUUGUCCUUACCGGCUUGUUUGUACUUUUUAUUUUAUUUUUUAAAUGAUGAACUUGGACUUUGGCCUCUGGAGACGGCACAAGACGGAGCAGCGUUGACAAGUUCCACGGCCUAAUUGUCACAGUGGAGCUGGUGCUUUCCCCCAAAUGGACCAGAACCGAUAAACUGACCUGGAUAUCUGGAACGAGAAGUCACUUUUACUGUAAAGGAGGAAACGAUCAUUUCAGUAAGUUAGUCUGUCCGAGUGCAGAGCAGGAAUGCACCUGGACGGGAUUUACACCACACGCAUAUCAUGUUACGUCACACCACAAAAGAAGGCCAUGAACAUCACAUGUUGGUGGAGAUCUAUUAUUUUUUGUACUUAUUGCCUCUUCAUAAGUUUGUUCAUGUUCAGGUAAAUAAAUUGACGAGCAAGCAAAGGGAUUACAAGCAGUAUUUUGACACCAGCUUUGAUGGGAAUGGUGGCACAAGGGAGUUUUUCAGAAUAAAGUUCUCAUUGUUUUUUCUGUUACACAUGAUUUCAGUUUCAUAAGCUACAUUGUUGGGUGGUUGUCACACUAGAACUUAUUGGUGCCGUAUUAAAAUGUGGUCAAAUAUAAAGCUCCCUUCUUUAUUAACUUUGAGCGUGUACUUGUGUAAUUGAGCCAAAUGGUGUGAAGGGUUGUCAUGCAAACUUUUUCAGCCAUUUACUUUAAAAGUGUAAAAUGGCUGAAACGUCAUUAUUUCAAGUACAACACUCUGUUUUGAUAACGGUAUUUUAAAUUCAAACAAGUUUUGUCUGAUGCAUUGUGAUUUUUUUAUUUCAUUUUAUGCUUAUUUUAUAUUUUUGAGUCGUCAUCUAGACGUGUUUUGUAUUAACAUAAGAUCGUUGGUGCUCUGCAGGUGUCUUAACGGAUCCACUGCAUUCUCAGAUAAACGGUUCAUUAGUCUCUUUGAACUUUUUGUACUUAAAAAAAAAAGGCCACACCACAUUUAAGGGGAAGUUGUUAUUUGUAAAACAUCCUGGACUUGAAGGUGGUUUAUUAGCAUUAAAAUAAUCCUAAUUCAAUAUUGUGGUCAUUAUAGUUCAAGUGCUUGAUCCUCAGCCUUAACCAUGCUGUCGUGAGUGCAUCUGACAGCCUGCUCAUGAUUGCUUUCCUUUUGUUUCCUUCCCUUUGACCCGGUGUGAAAAUUCCUUGAACUCGGUGACAGAUCGAUGCGCUUUGAAACCAUGUCGACCGUCUGCAGGUUCUGUAGAACCCGACGAGGCGACUAAGUUUCAUUGAGUCUGAGUCCAAACGGGGAAGAACUGGCGUCCGUCCUCUGUACUUUGUGGUGCACCGUAUUUUUACAUGAGGGAAACGGGUGAAGUGGUCCGCCUCUUUGCAGCAUUGAGCUGUACAGCUCUCACCCUGAUGUCUCAAAGCAACGGGACGGACUCAGUCAGUGCGGUUUUAAGUCUGGGUCGUGUACGGUAUUUCAAUUUGUUUCAAUAAAAGUUUAUUUGAACUUUGA